GCCAAGCUGAGCUGAUCCCACGUGUGACGAUAGCAUUCCCGGCUCAGUAAUAUUCUCUUAGCGGGGCUUCGAGUAGCUUUUGCAGUGACAGUGUGUGUUAGUUGCUGACUGUAGUUGGGUUAGCAAUGGAGGGAGACGGGAGCCAAGCCACAUCUGGAAGCCCUAAUGAUUCACAACACGACCCGGGUAAAAUGUUUAUCGGUGGCCUCAGCUGGCAAACUUCACCAGACAGCCUUAGAGACUAUUUUAGUAAAUUCGGGGAAAUCAGAGAAUGUAUGGUGAUGAGAGAUCCCACAACGAAACGCUCCAGGGGAUUUGGGUUCGUUACGUUUGCGGAUGCGGCGAGUGUAGAUAAAGUCUUAGCUCAACCUCACCACGAAUUAGACUCAAAAACGAUUGAUCCUAAAGUUGCCUUCCCUAGACGCGCUCAACCCAAGAUGGUCACAAGAACAAAGAAAAUAUUUGUAGGAGGAUUAUCUGCCAACACAGUAGUUGAAGAUGUAAAGCAGUAUUUUGAACAAUUUGGCAAGGUAGAAGAUGCCAUGCUUAUGUUUGAUAAAACUACAAACAGACACAGAGGAUUCGGCUUUGUAACUUUCGAGAAUGAGGACGUCGUCGAGAAAGUCUGCGAGAUUCAUUUCCACGAAAUCAAUAAUAAAAUGGUAGAAUGCAAGAAGGCGCAACCGAAGGAAGUGAUGUUUCCUCCGGGGACACGGGGACGGGGACGGAGUCUGCCCUACACAAUGGACGCCUUCAUGUUAGGGAUGGGAAUGCUGAGUUACCCAAACAUUGUUGCAACGUAUGGCCGUGGAUACACUGGCUUUGCUCCUAGCUACAGCUACCAAUUCCCUGGUUUCCCGGCGACGGCGUACGGACCGGUGGCAGCGGCGGCGGUGGCGGCAGCACGCGGCUCAGGCUUCCCCGAUUACGGUUUCUAUUCUUCACCAAGCGACCAACGGGGGCCCCCCUUCUCCUUUGCGGACUAUGGCUCCCUGGGGCCCCAGGCGGCUCAGAUGCUGCAGGGCGAGCCCGCCUCCUCCGCCUGCACCUCCCCCCUCCAGCACCUGCAGAGCCCGGAUCAGUUUAAGAGCCCAGUCCUGAAUAGCUACACUGCUCAUCCGAAUUUUGGCGCCCCCGCUUCCUCGGCAGGCUCCAACCCAGCCCGGCCCGGCGGGUUCCCCGGCGCCAACAGCCCGGGCCCCGUGGCUGACCUGUACGGCCCGGCCAGUCAGGACUCCGGAGUGGGCAACUACAUCAGCGCCGCCAGUCCCCAGCCCGGAUCGGGCUUUGGCCACAGCAUUGCUGGUCCCCUGAUUGCCACAGCUUUCACAAAUGGAUACCAUUGAAAAUCAAACAGGUGGUUGGUUGCCAUCUCAUUUGAGACUGUGUCAGGAGGCGCGGGGAAAGCAGGUCGGAGUUUCUAAUUGGUUCUGUGUACAGGUAACAGCCACAAAGCUUCAGACACUACAGCCUCCAAAAGGAGAGAAAGAUGUUUGAGAUGGCACGUG